AUGAUAAAUUUAUAGGCAGGAUAGGCUUUUAUAGAUCCAUUUACAGGCGAAGAAGCAUUUGCAGUAGAACCUAUUACUAAUUGUCCACACGCUCUAAAGCUAGAUUUGAAAAAAACAGAAGAGACUAUUUAUCAGAAAAGAUAAUAGUUAUUUUGGAGUUAAUGUAGCAAUUGUGAAAAUGUUGGUGAAAAUUGGUUUUGCUUAAUUUGUAAUAACGUCUAUUGCAGUAGGUAUGUUAAAGGUCAUAUGGCUAUGCAUAAUUAAUAGAAUUAAGAUCAUUAAGUUGCUGUUAGUUUUUCUGAUUUAAGCUUUUGGUGUUACGAAUGUGAUUCUUAUAUAACAAAUUAAGACCUUUCCAAGUUGAGAAAAUUAUUUUAAAAGGCUAAAUUUAAUGAAGGAGAUUUUUCUUAAAAGCAGAAUUUAGUAUCAUAAAGUGAUAAGAAUCAUGAAGAAAUUAGUUAAAAAGCCAUCAACGGUAAUGGAUUUUUUGUAGCAGGAGAUAUUAAAGAAUAAAAGGUUUAUUAAGUACUAAUUUUAAGUUAGUUUUAGAAAGAUAUAAUUGUGUAAAAAGGAGUGUUAAAGGGAUAUUAAAUUUAAAAUAGUAAAAGUAAUUAUGCUUAACAAAUUAUAAAAAAUGAAAGUGAAGAAGUUUUGGGAUCUGUUAUAAGAUUUGGAAAAAAUUUGGAGCAAGUAACCAGAGAAAAGAUAGCCUAUUUAAUGAAUGAAAUAGAAGGAUUUCCCAUUCACACUUCAAUUAAAUUUGAAAAAGUAAUUUCUGGAGAAGAAUAAUUAGAGUUAGCUAUUUAUUGCUUAGAUGAUUGA